AUGGAUGCCGCGACGUCGCAGGAAUCCAUGAUGCAAACGUUAGACCAGUGGGGAUUGGUGGGAGGAAGCAGUUCCCUUCCUGUGGAGACCAAUCCCCCCCAAGCUUUAAGUCCCAGAGCGGAAUCCGCCCCCUGGUUUUCGGAAGACCCUGAUUCAGAGGGGGAGCUGGUGGAUGCCAGCGAGUUAAGUACUGUCCGGAGGGGUCGGCGAGAGUCCUGUAUUGCGGAAAGAGCAAGGGGCACGCCAGUUACCCAACCCCUAUCUCCUCGUGAGGAAGUGGAUGCCUCCACACGUCCGAGGGGGAACUAUCUUGUUUACACAGAGCCUAAAGAGAUGGAUUUCUCAGAGGGUUAUGAUGUGGAGUGGAUGCGAGAUACGGUGAAUGGUGGAUUCCGUUGCCGAGAGAAACAUCCAAAAAUGGGCCAAUCCAUCCUGAUGGGGCCGAGAGUCAGCCGGAUGGCGUAUGACUACAAAGAUCUGCCGCACCAGCUGCAGGAGGUGACUGUGGGAGACUGCCGCCGAGAAGCGGGCGCGCCCGACGUCCGCCGGAUGGGGAGACAGCGGUCACUCAGUCCGGGUAGAGUCUACUCGCCAGUCAGAGCUCAAGAGGUGUACGUGCCGGUGCGACGGUAUGUGGCAGAGGAAGAGGAGGAGUUUUUUCAGUGA